ACCCGAAUUAUAGGCAGUUGCCAGGCUGGUCACAUAUUCUGUGAGAUUUAGAUUUCAACUUCUUUAUUCAUUUCCCGUCUUUGUCAGUACUCACUACUACCCACCCCAAAACGGCAGUCAUGUGCUGCCGUUUUACCUUCCCCAUCACUCCUUAACCGUCACCAGCACCACCAACAACCAACCUCACUUCAGCUUCUCUUCUUUUCUCAGCUCCCUCAGUCAAUGCACAAUAUUAUGCUCAAACGACGACGUCGUGUCACCAAGCACCACCAUCACCAUCACCACCACCACUACCACCAACGAAAAUGACCAAAAAGCCCUUCCUCUUCAUCCCCGUCCGCUACCUCAUCGUCUUCCUCACAUUCAUCUGCACCUCCGUCUGCUACAUCGAGCGCGUUGGCUUCUCCAUCGCCUACACCGUCGCCGCCGACGCCGCCGCCGUCACACAAUCCUCCAAAGGCUCCAUCCUCUCCACCUUCUACUACGGCUACGCCUGCUCCCAGGUCCCCGGCGGCUACGCCGCACAGAAGAUCGGCGGCCGCCGCGUCCUCCUCCUAUCGUUCCUCCUCUGGUCCCUCACCUGCUUCCUCGUCCCCUUAGAUCCAAACCGCGUAACCGUUCUCGUCGUCGCACGGUUACUCGUCGGCGUCGCGCAAGGGUUUAUAUUCCCUUCAAUCCACACCGUUCUUGCGCAGUGGGUCCCACCUCAUGAGAGAUCCAGAUCCGUUUCUCUAACUACCUCAGGCAUGUACCUUGGUGCAGCUUUAGGUAUGCUACUCCUCCCGAGCCUCGUUAAAUUCAAGGGUCCGCAAUCUGUUUUCGUUGCCGAAGCUGCUCUCGGCGCGGUUUGGUCUUUGCUUUGGUUUAAAUACUCGUCCGAUCCUAAAGCCACCGCUUCCGGUGCCGGCGAACAGCUGCUUCCGACGAACAAGAAAAUUGACGCGCGAAAACCUGCGCCGAAGACCGUUACGAUCCCUUGGGUGAAGAUCAUGACGAAUUUGCCUGUUUGGGCUAUUGUUGUUAACAAUUUCACAUUUCAUUAUGCUUUGUAUGUGUUGAUGAAUUGGCUUCCUACUUACUUCGAAUUAGGGCUUCAGCUUAGCCUCCAUGAUAUGGGUUCAUCAAAGAUGAUGCCUUAUUUGAACAUGUUCUUGUUCUCCAAUAUCGGAGGCGUUGUCGCGGAUUAUCUGAUUACUAGGAGGAUUAUGUCAGUUACCAGGACAAGGAAAUUCUUGAAUACUAUGGGGUUUGUGGUGGCGUCGCUCGCUUUGGCUGUGAUUCCGAGUUUUAGAACUUCUGGUGGUGCUGUGUUCUGUUCCUCCGUGGCGCUUGGGUUCUUGGCGUUGGGGAGGGCGGGGUUUGCUGUGAACCAUAUGGAUAUUGCACCGAGGUAUGCUGGCAUUGUGAUGGGAGUUUCCAACACUGCUGGCACGCUGGCUGGCAUUGUUGGAGUUGACUUGACUGGCAAGCUUCUCGAGGCUGCGAAGGUUGCAGAUGCUGAUCUGUCAAGUCCUGAGAGCUGGAAGGCUGUCUUCUUCAUUCCUGGUUUGUUGUGCCUGUUUAGUUCCUUGAUAUUUUUGCUGUUCUCAACAGGGGAGAGGAUUUUUGAUUGAGGUUUUAGGCCUGGACUGAAUCGUUGUUACUUUGAUUAUCAUUAUGAUAAUGAUGAGAAGGAGGAUUGAAUGGCUUAUAUGCUUUAUUAUUUGUUUGCGGGGAUUUUAUUUUCAUUAUAUCACCGCAUUGUAUCAUUCAUUAUUUGGAAAAAAAAAGGGGGGGUGAUCUUGUACCAAAACUUAGUAGCAUUAACUCUUAAACACAGUGUUGAUCAUAGCUUUCAGAUUUUGGAUUUUUUUAUAUUGUCUCUCCAGAGUUGUACCAUUGCUACUUAGUAAAGGCUAUAGCUUAGAUCAGAAUGUAUCUGGAAAAUAAUGAUUUUUAUGUGUUACGUUAAGCAAACUUGGAUGAAACCCGUCUCCUAGUAAGGAUUAUUAUGCAUAUUUUAUUCCACGUCUGGACACAGAUUUUGUUGUUGGAUGGCUUUUCUAAUCUCUAGGUUUUAUUGAAUAGAAUUACUCACACCCACUCACUAAAUUUGCUCAUUGAUUAAUUAUCAAUUUACUAUAUAUUAAGAUUACUGGUAAGAAAUUAGCAGAGCAUACAUUUGACAGUCCAGGGGUUGGACUUGGAAGAGUAAUCGGCAUUUCAAGAGCUGUCAACCAAGGUGAAAAUUGGAAAAAGGAAAUAAGAAAUUGUUGCUGAAUGUGGCUAUAAAGUGUGUUGUGUACCAAGAAGGAAGCAAUGAAAGGAGGACUGGGAUGUGUAAUUUGAAUGAGGCUGCUACUUUGGGCAGAGAUGAUGCUCUUAAAGACUGGGCAUAGAAGAAUGGCAUUCCUUCCGCACAGAGACCUUUAAGGCUUUAACUGUGGUUUUCCCUAAAAUGAGUAAAUGUUUGUUGAUGCUUGUGGUGGUGAUAAUGAGCUCAUGGAGAUGUUGACAUAUAGCAUGCCGUAAUAAGAUGAUGGCGACUUCAACAUCAAUGCAUUUGUUGAUGCUACUGUACUGACUGCAAUAAUCUCGUGGAAGGUGAGGAUAAUUAGAUUUAGAACGAUGACGACUUCUUUCAUUCCCCAAUUAAAAUGAUGAUGAUUGUAUACAGUGUGGUUGUCAAUUGUUUGUGCUAUUUAGUAAUGCACCUUAGUAAUUAAUAUGACCUUCCAUCAUUUGCAGUUUUCUGUUA